AUGUGGAGAGUGGUUUUACGCGCUCUGUUAGAGAUACGUUUUCGCGAUGACCGUGAACAUCCAGAAUGGAGCCAAGCAAUAAUUUCAUUCUACAGGAAUCCAAGUAAGGAGCAAUUUGAGACGCGGUCGGGUCUCCGGGUAGCUUUGGACACGAAUACGACGGCAGUCAUAGAGCGCGGGGGUCAAUCCGAUUCAACGACGACUCCAUCCGCGAAGGACAUAGUCAUGGAAACUUUGCGACUUUAUCCUCCGACCCGGCGAAUCUAUCGGGUGUACCAAUGGGCUCAGAAUUUAAGCUCAGAUGAUCCAGGAACCGAUGAUACUACUCCCGCAUUCAUAGCGGCAGAUGUGGAAGCGUGCCAUAUAAGAUCCGAUAUAUGGGGACCAGGUGCCGCUACAUUUGAUCCGACCCGCUGGGUAAACCCAACAAGGGAGCAAAGGGAAGCGUUCAUGCCUUUUGGCAGUAAGCCAUUUGAAUGCCCAGCAAAGGCUGUGUUUGGACCCCGAAUGAUCGGAACACUAUUGGGGGCAUUGCUUGUUGUUCUGAAUGGUGAUGAGCAGAGGCCCAACAUAGCAUGGGUGCUUAAGUUCUCCGAUGAUGAUUUGAUGAAAUUUACUAUAGAUUCAAAGGAAAGGCUAGGUUUGGAGAGGGAUGCAUUUGAUGAUUUGGAGUUGUGUGGUUCUUGGGAGUAG